AUGGCUGUUGUCAAUAUGGUUCCAUUGUUUAUUUGCAUGGCGAGAAACAAUUUCGUUGGGAACGCCGUUGAGGUGGGAUUUGAUACUUGGAACUUGUUUCACCGCUGGAUUGGCAGGGUUGUGGUGUUGGAGUCGGUAGGACACAUGCUUGCGUGGACAGUCAACAAGAUUGACCAGGCAGGAUGGAAAGGCCUGGAUGAAGCUAUAAGGACUAGUCAUUUCUAUCAGGUUGGUCUGAUGGUAUGUUUUUUGACACAUUUUGGCACCUAUCCUUCACCGGGACCGAGGUCUAAUCAUAUGCAGGCCGAGAUCGCUCUCAUCUUAAUAGCCAUUUUGUCUGCUUCGCCGCUACGACAUGCAAACUACGAAUUCUUCUUGUCGAUGCACCAGUUGCUUGUCGUAUUUUUCGUAGCCGGUGUUUGGUGGCAUCUUUAUAUCGACAUUUUGCCUCAGAUGGUUUACUGCGACAUCGCUAUUGCGAUAUGGGUUGCUGAUCGUGUUUUCAGGAUCUUGCGCAUCGUGAAGAACAAUAUGAGGUGGAGAAAGGGGGGGCUAUCUUGCAGCGUAGCUGAAGCUUCCCCGCUGGAGGGUGGGGAUGCUGUUAGGUUUAGCGUUGCACUUUCUACCCCAUUCAAAUACAGGCCCGGAACUCACGUAGGUUUCCUCUUAUGAACGUUCUUCCCCGCGAUUGGGGAUAAAAUUGACAGUUCCUUCUGCAGGCAUAUCUCUAUGUGCCACGAAUCGGCUGGUGGCAAUCUCACCCGUUCUCAAUCGCUUGGUCAUCCGCAGAGGAAUCCACGCAGAUAAUUGGAAUGACACAGAGGCCCGAUGGGUGGGAGACUCGAAACUCAACACCCGCUACGGCUGCCCUCCGACCCGUCUCCAGCUCGCAGAGCCAAGCAACUGUCAAGGAAGGCCAUACUGCCCCAAAGGAUCCGUAUCCGGUGAAGCAUCGUGAGCCCGGGGUAGCUACCACCUCGAAAAAGACUACGGUACACUUCAUCAUAUCGAAACACAAUGGUUUCACAAAGGCACUAUAUGAUGCUGCGCAAUCUGCCGCCGCAGCCGCUGAUCCGGAGAAGCUGGAAAACGGAUGUGUCUUGAAGGUACUGAGCUUGGUCGAGGGGCCCUAUGGGGGACACCACUCAUUCGAUUCCUUUGGGACAGUAGUCCUGAUUGCUGGAGGUGUUGGUAUUACCCACUGCUUGGGUUAUGUCAGACAUCUCUUGCACGGAUAUAGCGAAGGAACUGUGGCUACCCAGCGGGUCAAAUUGGUCUGGGUCAUUCGAAAAAGUGAACAUAUCAACUGGGUCUCGGAUUGGCUUGAAGAGAUUCUGCGGAUGCCACUUUGCUGCCAAGUACUCGAGAUUGACAUUUAUACCACCCGAUGUAGCGCCACAGCCAGCGGGAGUGGAUGGGCUGGUCGCAGUGGCCUUGUUAAAGUUCACGUCGGAAGGCCAGAGUUCGAAACUGUUCUCGAAGAGGUUGUGAGGCGCAGGGUUGGCGCUAUGGCAGUAACUGUCUGUGGCAGUGGCGCCGUGAGUGACUCGGUCAGGGCUGCCACACUCAAGUUCGUAGAUCGGGCUACUAUCGACUUCUCCGAAGAGAGUUUCACCUGGUAA